CUACUGCUUAGAAUUAACCAUAACUCAAAUUAUUGAUACAUAUCAAAUUUUUAGAUCAUGUUCCAAUAAUGAUUUGAAUUCACAUCCACAUCAAAAUACUGCUCGAAGCGGGACAUCAAGCAGAUAA